AUGACAUAUUGUUUACAAGUUCAUCGUUCAACAGGAAAGGUCGUUCUUUCGCAUGCAGGUCCCAAUGGAGUUUAUAAUCAUGAGGAAAUAUCAUGUACAUUUGGUAGAUCACAACUCGAUUUAAGCAGAAUGGAAUUUAUUCAUGUCAGUGCUGGUACGCACACAAUAUCUAUUCGAAAUUUGAUCAUCUGUUUUGAGAAACAAUUUAGCAUGCAUCCAACAUUCGAUAAAGAUUAUAAGAAAGAUACUUCUUCUGCAAAUGAAAAUAAAUCGAGCAAAGCAGAUUCUGAUGUCAACCAUCAAAAACGGCAUGAUGCUCAUCAGAAUGCGUCGUCAAGCACACCUGACGACAAACCAUCAACAGAUCCAGGUAUUUUAACCAGAGUAGUGAACUUCUUUGUUAGAGAUGAUGAUAGAUCGUUGAAGCCUUGUCCAAAUAAUGUCAAUUGUCUGAAACAAUUUUCAGACGAAGCAGCUGAUCAUAAUGCCAAAUAUUCUCAUCCUUGUCCUUAUUCAGAACUGUGUCGCGAGAGAGAAACUCAUCUUACUCAUGAACCACAUACAGUUUCAAAAUGUCGAGAUGAUAAAACAUGCGAUAAGUUAGACGAUCCUUUCUAUCGAGCUUCCUAUCGACAUACAGGUCGACCCGAUUUUCUUAUUCCAUGUCGUCUACAAAAGGGAUGUUCAGAUAAAUCGUUCUCUCACAGAAAGAAAUAUUCUCAUGGUGAAGACGUUUUCGGAAAACUACCAACACCAGCCCCUGCAGGUAAGCGACCAUGA